UGGUCUCACAACCGUUUCCGCUGGUGCCAGUUGCAUGAAAGCCAGCUAGCAACGUUAGCUCUACCUCGUAAACUAGUGCCUAUGGGGACCAGUGUGCCAAGCAUCUGGGUAAUAUUGCCCUAAAGGUGUGUGCGCUUUGUUGGGCUUCGUAACCGCAGACGUUUCUAAACUGGUGGCAACGUACGGCUCUUUAACCCAGAGGAGAAAUGGCAACAUAUUGACAUAGUAGCUUUAGAGGGACGUUGUAGCUAACGGUGGCUAACGCUCACACUACCGCAAUCACGUCAGUCCCGCUUUAAGAUCAAUUGUUUCUGCUAUAAUGCUAAGAAAUAAUCACAUUUAUCAGAGAACCAGAGAGCUGUCUGCCCUAAAAGUGCGUUCAGCGUUUGUUAAGUUGUGUCGCUGACGUUGUGUUUGCUAUUUGAAAUUUGCUUACGUUACAACGCAGCGCUAUUGUUUAGCUAACGUGUAUUUUUCGUGGAAGCAAUAUUUUCGUUAACUAAAUAUGAAAUCUAGCGUUUAUUAAAUCGGGGAGAAACUGUCCUCGUUAUUUUUGUUUGUUCGCUUUGUAUACGCGUUGACAAGUCGUCUGUAACAAACACAUGUCCGCGCAUCACGCUGACGUAACAGAGCCACGUUAAAAACUCCUCAUGGCGCUCGGCGUGUUCCCACAUCCGAAGCGUCCUCGUCUUGUUUCUCCCAUUCUGUCAUGACAACGUGUGCAGCUGCGGAACAUCCCGACGGCUCAUCCGCCUGAGCGAAACACACACACACACACACACACACACACACACAGCCGCGCGCACCUCGUCGGGAUGCCGCUGCAGAGGAGACCCUAACCGUCUUCAGGAGGAACAAAAACAAACGGAACUAUGGAGCCCACCGUCUCCGACGGGCCCCGCGUGGAAAAGGACGUGGAGGAACAAAGCACAGAUGAGGCACCGGGACCAGCGCCGGAGCCUCUGGAGCCUCUGGAGCCUCUGGCACGGGAGACCUCCAGCUCAGGUCUGCUCUGCAGGACUCCCGACGAAGCAGAUGAGGCGAAUAAGGUCGCUGGAGACGAGCCUCCCGUGGACUGGUUCGAGCCGCUCGAGGACGACGACUAUGACGAGGAGAGCCUGGCCGGAGAAAGCGAGAGGAGCGAGAGCGUGGCGGGCAGCGAGACGGUCUGCAAAAGGGUUUACAAGUUUCAAAGGCCUCGCCGAAAGCGAUCGCAUCCUGAUGAAGGAUGGGAUGAAUGGCCGAUACUUGGAGAUGGUUGGAAACGCAAAGAAGUAGUCCGGCGCUCAGGAUCUAGCAUUGGACAGAAGGAUGUAUAUUACCUUAGUCCGCGGGGGGAACGAGUGAGAAGUCGAGUAGAGCUGAUUUCAUUGAUGGUUGGACAGCAAGACAUGUCAACCUUUGACUACAAGUCCGGAAAGUUCUACGAGGGCGAAGUGCAACCCGUAAGAAUUCGACACAGAGCAAGGAGAAAAAUCCGUGAGCGUUCAUCCUCGGAGUCCAGCUGGCUGGAGCGAGGAGAUGGGGCCGACACUCCGGACUCCCAACACAUGCCCACCAACCCCAGUCUGGGGCCCACGACCCUCCACUCCAACCCAACCAAUCUCUCCUGGCACAGUACGAUAGGAAUUCCCAACAAAGGCUCGCGCAACGUGGAUGUACCCGCUCAAGAUAGAAUUAAACUUCCCCGUCCCUCGUCCUCCAGAGCACUCCUGCUCCCCUCCAUUAAUGGAGAAGUGGGGUCAGAGGACAGCACACUGGUCUGUGCCAGAUGUGGGCUUUCCUUCACGGGCACGUGGUAUGACAAACAAAGGAAGAGGCCCUGCUGUCCCAACUGUUGGGCAGCCUCAAAGUCAAAAGAGCAUCCACUGGUUCGUUUCAGAAAGUGGAUUCCUUGUGGGCAGUGCGUGGGAUGCCACAACACGGUGAACUGUGGGCAGUGCGCCAACUGUAAACACGGACUGCAGAGCCCAGAAUCCAGGAAACGCUUGUGUCGGAAACGCAAAUGUAUAUGUCCCAUCCGCAAGGGCCCUGGAGGUGGAGGCUUCGUGCCGCAGAAGCCCUCUAAUGACAUUCCUGACAUGUAUGAGGACAGCGUGAGUUUACAGAGUGAAGUUACAGACUCACAGCACCCAAGUCUCAAAAGCAGCGACACAGAGAACUUCUCAGUCAACGUGGACGUGGACGAUGACGAUGACAUGUCGACUGACGAUGAUGAUGAUUGGCAUAAGAAGCGGAAGCGACGAUCCUGUGGAGAAUGCAAAGCCUGUCUCUGCAGGAAAGACUGCGGCACGUGCGACUUCUGUGUAGACAAACCCAAGUUCGGAGGCAGCAACAAGAAGAGGCAGAAGUGCCGACUACGCCAGUGUCAGAGACAGGCGAUGAGACAUUUGCUGCCGUUCCAAAUGGGACAAGGUGACCACGGGCCAGACAGCCAAUUGCUGCCGGGCAGGCCUAGGCCUCACUACACAUACAGCCGGAAGUCAUUAUUUAAGAGAAAUAGAGGAUCACAGUAUGGGUUGGACUUCACCGACAAUGACGAAGACGACUGUAACUUAAAACCGAUUAACUGGAACUCUGCGCCAGCUAGUGGUAGCAAAUAUUUCUGUGGAUUGGAUGUAAGGAACCUUCCCCCAUCUCCGCAGCAGUUGAGUUCAGUGGAUUUCACACUUCUGAAUGGCCUCCCUCACAUCAGCAGCGACCCCAACAACUCUGAACUAGACCCGCUGAGCAGAUGGGACGCCGCUAAAUCACAUCCAAGCAGAACCAGUCGUAGGUGUGUUCAAGAAAUGGACAACGACGGCGACGACGAUGAGGAUGAUGAUGAGGAUGAUGAUGAUGGCAAUGAUGAUGACGACGACUACGAUGAUGAAGAGGAAGAGGGGGAAGAUGAAGAGGAGGAGGUGCCCAUGAUCACACAGAUCUUCAGUUUGGCUGAGACCCCGUCGGGCAGCGGUGACGACGUGGAAAGCCAGCUGACGAAGCUGCUGCAGUCCCUGCGCUCCUCCGCCAUGCCGAUAUUGUGGUACUCCAUCAUGGUGGAAGGCCCGCAGCUGCAGCUCGUCCAGUGCUCCAAGCAGUCGAGCCUGAGCGACACCAUAGUGCUGAUCGACCCGGGCUUCUGCUAUCAGGUCACCGUCCAAAAGCAGCCGCUGCUGCCCACCCACUCGCUGUACGACCGGUACCCGGCGCGCCUGACCUCUGUGACAGAAGUGGUGGACCUGCUCCUGGGCCUGGAGGAGUACGUUGUGUGCCAGGGACUGCCGCCCCGGGAGCCACUCUCUAAAAGAAACCCUAUCAUACUGGAGCGGGCGUCAACGUGUGAUUUCUUGGUGAAGAGGAUGGUGAGCGUCUGUACGAACUGCAGAGCGCUGCAGGGACUUUAACUUCAGCAGAAGCCAGAAGAAGGACCAUGACCACGUUCUCCUUUUUGUUUCUGGUGAUGUUUUGGUGAUGAUUUACAUAUAUAUAUAUAUAUAUAUAUAUAUGUUGAGGACAUUUGACAGAUUUACCUCUGGACUGUAAUAGUAUGAUUUGAUUAUUUUGAAGCAUUCCAGGAGCUGCGACGUUAUGAUCCAGCCGGGUUUCUUCUUAGAGGUCGGCCGUCAUGUUGUUUUUUCAAGACCGUUUGGUCAGACUCUCUGUUGGGUUAGUAGGAAUCGGUGACCCUCACCAUUAUUACACUAUUUGAUACUUACAACACCAAAUGUUGUCUCUCUCAGCCCAAAAAUGGAGCUGAAAUUCUUUGCCGUGUUCCCUACUCAUUUUUCCACCAGCAACAACGGACACUGUUUCAACGGUGUUGUCAUGUGUACCAUAAGUAAGUUAUAUGUGCAUCUCAUACCUUUUCUUAUUUUUUUUUAAAAUAGUAAAUUAUAUUGUGAUCGCUUUCUCGAUGUUUCCUA